UGACAUCAUCACUUCUUCAUUCAUUAUCCUCUCUCUCUCUCUCUAAAAUCUCCUCUUGUUUCUCUCUCCUCUCCCUGGGAUCUCUCCCUCCCUCCCUCCGCUUCCUUGUUUUCUGUUGAAUUGCAACCCCUAUAUUCUCUCCUUCUGAUUCUGUGCCAUACUUGGAUUCCGAAAAACUAAUUCGUUCUACAAAUUUUUUUGAUUUUUUUGAUUAGAUUGUACCAUAGGAGCCUUAGCUGCGCUACCCAUUUAUUGGCAGAAGGGUCAAAAUUAGAUUUUGUAAAAAAAAAAGGGGGGGGUUGUCAGCUCGUGUGUUUUUAGUAUUUCUCGAAAAACCCACAAAUUAGUUAGCUUUGAUUGAUUUUGCCUUCUACAGAGGACUGGUGAUUGUUAAUUUAAGGAGACCCACAACGAGACGACACAAAUUAGGAGCAGUUUUUAUCAUUUCCUUUUGGUCUGAUUCAAGUGGAGUUUUAUUGUAUUUGUUUGCUUCUUGGCGGUAAUUUGGUUAUGGAGACAAUUGGGACCAGAAAUUCAGGCGUUUGGGGCUCUUUCUGAAUAUUGGGUUGGAUAAUAUCAGAGCUUGAGGGGCUUAUGAUCAUAGCUGAAUUUAGGGAACCAAUCUAUUUGGGGUUCUGGGUGCUCAGGGUGUUGGUCUCUUGGGCUUUGGUGGGGAUUAUGAGGAAUAAUGAUGGGUCGAAGUCGCCUCGAUCGGGUCGUGUUAAUGGGUUCAUACCGAGCUCGUUCCGUGCGAUUUCGAGCUAUCUGAGGAUAGUUUCUUCAGGUGCUUCAACUGUUGCCCGGUCUGCAGCUUCUGUGGCGUCAUCUAUUGUGGAUAAGGAUGAUGAUGGUGCCCAUGAUCAGGUACUCUGGGCUGGGUUUGACAAGCUAAAGAUCGAGGGAGGCAUCAGUAGGAGAGUUCUCCUUCUUGGGUAUCGAUCAGGGUUCCAAGUUUGGGAUGUGGAAGAAGUGGACAAUGUCCGAGACCUAGUCUCGAGACACGAUGGGCCAGUUUCAUUCAUGCAAAUGGUACCCAAUCCCAGCUCUCUGAAGAAUGGAGAAGACAAGUAUGUAGAUAGUCGACCCCUACUUGUGGUUUGUGCUGACAGCUCUGGGGGCACUAAUAACUUCCAGGAUGGGUUCACGACUCAAACAAAUGGGAGCAUUCCUGGCGUCCACAAUGACCAAGGGAAUAUCACGUUUUUGCCAACCAUUAUUCGGUUCUAUUCCCUAAGGUCUCAGACCUAUGUACAUGUGCUGAAGUUCAGAUCAGUUAUUUACUCAGUGAGAUGCAGCGGUCGGGUUGUCGCAAUAUCUCAAGCAGUUCAGAUUCACUGUCUUGAUGCUGCGACAUUAGAAAGAACAUAUACUAUCAUUACGAACCCCAUAGUUCCGGGUUAUUUGAGCGCUGGUGGCAGCGUGGGCUACGGGCCUCUUGCAGUGGGCCCACGGUGGAUGGCUUAUAGUGGGAUUGCAAUAUCAGAUUCCCACAGUGGACGCGUCAUUCCAAAGCAUUUUACUUCCUCGGCAAGUUUCUCUGGGUUCCCUUCGCAUGGAAGCUUAGUUGCACACUAUGCAAAAGAAUCAAGCAAGCAACUUGCUGCUGGGAUUGUGACCCUUGGAGACAUGGGCUAUAAACAGUUGUCUCGGUAUUGCUCCGAGCUUCUACCUGACAACAGUACUCUUCAUUCAGGGGAUUCUGGGUGGAAGGUGGUCAAUUGUCACGUGCAAGAUGGAGAUAAUGUCGGAAUGGUGGUUGUCAGAGAUAUUGUCAGUAGAUCCGUGGUUGCCCAGUUUAGGGCACACAAGAGUCCUAUCUCUGCAUUAUGCUUUGAUCCUAGCGGGACCCUCCUAGUGACUGCAUCCAUUCAGGGUCACAAUAUAAAUGUUUUCAAGAUAAUGCCUGGCUGCUUCGAGGCAGGCAAAUCCUAUAUGCACCUUUACCAGCUCCAACGUGGCUUAACCAAUGCUGUUAUCCGAGAUAUUAGUUUUAGCAAUGAUAGCAGAUGGAUCAUGAUCAGCUCCUCAAGGGGGACAAGCCAUCUCUUCUAUAUAAACCCACAGGGUGGGCCUGUCAAUUUUCAUUUGCCCUCUUCUGGAGUUUCAGCCCAAAAUAAUGGGUUUAGUUAUUCUUGGACAACUGCUAACUGGGCUGCUAAUCCUGAAACUCAGAUCUUGAGCCAAAAUUUCCUCUGUGCAGCAGGACCCCCAAUCACUCUCUCUGCUGUUAGCCGAAUCAGAAAUGGGAGUAGCGGGUGGAGGGGUACGGUAAGUGGGGCAGCAGCUGCUGCAACAGGCAGAAUGAAUUCUUUCUCAGGUGCUAUAGCUUCUGUUUUUCAUGACUGCAAAGGGACCGAAAACUUUGGAGAUCGGAACUCUGAAAGGGCAAAGUUCCAGCUCUUGGUAUUCUCUCCUUCAGGUUCUAUGAUACAGUAUGCAUUGAGAAUCCCCAGUGGUGGUCUAGACCUGAUGAUGGGAUUAGAUAAUAGUCCAUAUGAGUCUGCAUCAGAUUCUGAUGGGAAGAUGUUGGUAGAGGCAAUCCAGAAAUGGAAUGUCUGUCAGAAGCAGAAUCGAAGGGAGCGGGAGGAAUCUCUUGAUGUUUAUGGCGAGAACAAUGGAAACAUGGACAGCAAGAAAAUAUAUCCUGAAGGUUUAAUUAAAGGGAAUUCUUUGUUCAAUGGAGUAGGAGAACAUGCGUCAAAAUUUAGGAGUACUGGUGAUGAGCACCAUCUGUAUAUUUCUGAGGCUGAAUUACUGAUGCAUCCUGCUCAGAUUCCAUUGUGGGCAAAGCCCGGGAUCUACUUUCAGUCAAUGACCGUGGAAGGGAUUGAAUCGGAUGAUCAAAACACUUUGGGAGGUGAAAUUCAGAUCGAGAGGAUCCCAACACGCACUAUAGAAGCCAGGUCGAAGGACCUGGUCCCAGUUUUCGAUUAUCUUAGAGCGUCCAAGGAUCACGCUGGAGUUCCAAAAUUGGAAAAAGCAAGGCUCUCAUUGGAGAUGAGCCCUCGCAAUGGCAUCGAAGAGGCUACUUUUGAUGGUCAUCUGAUGCCCCCGCCAGAAGAAAUCAAGCAUGGCGGACUUGUAAAUAACAGUGCCACAAUGAACUUAGAGGCUCGACUUAAUACUGCUGUAAAUAAUAGAGAAAAGUCGAAGCCAGAGGUUCCACUUAAGACUGUAAAUAGCGAUGAAGAAAGCUUGGGAAUGGAGAAUCAUUUUGAGGAGAAAGACGAAUUCGAUUAGAGGUGUGCAGUAUAUUCUUUUAUUCUCCACGGAGGCUCAUUCGAUGCGCAAAUCUGUUAUGGGUCACGAAGAUGUAAAGAAGAUAGGGAGUAAUAUAAUGAAUGUGUUUGGCUUUUUAAGUCUGUAAACAUUUGAAAAACUCUGUAAAUAACUGAUGAAUAUUCUUCCAGUAUAAUUGAUAUGGUAAUAUGUAAAUAUUAUGAUGUCUUUGUAUGUAUCACAAACGUUACAUGA